CACACAAUCACACCGUGGGAAAAACUCUGAACUCUCUAAUAAAAUUACAUCCUUCAGCAUUUUUGGUCUUUCACUGAGAGGGAGAGAUGCCUCAGGCUAGGUCUGCACGCUUCUUCUCUAUCUUCUUUAUCGUCUCUGGCAUAUAAUGAACGCAGACCCGAACCUCUUCUUCUCGGAAGAAGAUGGCUCCUCCUCCUCCUUCUCAUCAUCAUCAAGAAGAAUCCAGCGCACAGCAAAGCCCUACUUUCCUAUUGGACGCUCUUUAUUGCUCGGAGGAACACUGGGAGGAAGAAGAAGCUAGAGAGGACUAUUUGCAAGAGGAUGACUAUUACCGCAAUACCCAUAAACCAGACCCUUUUCCAGUCUUGCUAGAACAGGACCUUUUCUGGGAUGAUGAGGAGCUAAUUCUUCUCUUCUCGAAAGAACAGCAAAAUGAACUCUAUGGAAACAUCAAGACCGAUCCAUAUUUAGCUCGCGCUCGCCGAGAGGCCGUGGAGUGGAUGCUGAAGGUUAUUGCCCAUUACUCUUUCUCUGCUCUCACGGCGGUUCUCGCUGUCAACUACCUCGAUAGGUCCCUUUUCCGCUUCCAAUGUCAGCUAGGGAAGCCAUGGAUGACCCAGCUAGCUGCUGUGGCUUGUCUCUCUCUGGCUGCCAAGGUCGAAGAGACCCAUGUGCCGCUUCUGCUUGAUCUGCAGGUGGAGGAGAGUAGGUACGUAUUUGAGGCGAAAACGAUUAAGAGAAUGGAGAUUCUGGUUCUCUCAACGCUUGAGUGGAAGAUGAAUCCUGUUACCCCACUUUCAUUUCUUGAUUAUAUCACAAGGAGACUUGGAUUGAAGGACCAUCUCUGUUGGGAAUUCCUAAGGAGGUGCGAGCGCAUCCUUCUCUCUGUCCUUGCGGAUUCUAGGUUCAUGUCUUAUCUCCCUUCUGUUGUGGCUGCUGCUACAAUGCUGCACGUUGUUAAUACCGUAGAGCCCUGUCUUCUUGUCGAAUACCAAAGCCAGUUAUUGGGUAUUCUCGGAAUAGACAAGCAGGACAAGAUAGAUGGGUGCUGCAAGCUCAUAUCGGAAUUGGCGUCAGGAGGACACGGCAAUCAAUCCAACAAGCGCAAGUUUGGAUCUAUUCCUUGCAGCCCAAAGGGUGUAGUAGACGUGUCGUUCAGCUCCGACAGCUCUAACGAUUCGUGGGCCGUGGCUGCAGCGUCGUCAGUCUCUUCCUCACCGGAGCCUCUGUCGAAAAAGAGCAGAGCUCAGGACCAGAUUCUUCAGACGCUUAACCAUCCAAGCGCAGAUUUUCUCAGCAUUCCUCGCUAGUCAUCUCUUUUUCUUUUCAUUCCGGACUACUUAGUCUAGUAUGUUCAAUAAUAUAUAUGUUCCUCUUCUGUGCAAGUUAAAUUGCCUACCAUCUCUUCAUCACAAUCUCUUGGAGGAUUGGUUGGGAGGUCUGGAAGCAGAGAUGGUUGGCAUUUUAUCCGGAAAAAGUAAAGGACUUGAACAUAGUAAUUAACGAAGAGCACUACUCGCCCUAA